AUGGUUUAUGAUAACUUGCCUAGUUUGAGUAACGGACCUGACAGGAGGGUGCGGAUGCCUGAUUUGAAAUGGAGAUUUUCUGUCUCUUCAGCAAGGGAAAUUGUUCGUACAAAAUACCCAACUAUGGAUGGUGCGAAAGUAAUUUGGAGAGGAGAUGUUCAUCCUUCAUUAGCGGCGCAAAACUGGAAAUUUAUACGUGGUGCUUGUGCUACUCUAAACAAAGUACGGAGCAGGUUCAAAAUUCAACUUCCUAACAGAUGUUGUGUGUGUAAAAACACGGAGGAAUCCCUUGAUCAUGUGUUGUGGUCGUGCGAACUUGCUGUCAGAAUUUGGAAUUGGGUUUCAAGCAUUUUUGCUUUAAAACCUGAUGCUAAUCCCAUCAUUUCUUAUAAGGCUGCGUCAGGUAAGAGUCAGAUGGUGAAGGACCUUUGGUUGGUUGCGAAUUUGGUGAUCAGGGCUGAAUUGUGGAAGGUGAAGCAUGCUAAACCAAUAGCUUGUUUCUGGUCUCCUCCGGAUUCAACUGAAUUGCUCAUUUGUUGUGAUGGUGCGUCGCAAGGUAACCCCGGUUCAGUUGGAGCAGGUGUGAUCGCAAGAGAUGCAAAUUGUGGUGUAGUUGGUGCUAUGAGUGUCGGUCUUGGCUUUGUUUCUAACUACUUGGCGGAGUUAUAUGCUAUUCUUUUGGGUCUUGAAUGGGAUGUGCAAUGGGGUUACUCUAAAAUCCUUGUUCGUACAGAUUCGGCUAGUGUUGUCCGGGAUUUAGAAGAUUUUUCUUUGCCAUGGUUUGCGCAACAGAGGUGGAUGGCAGUUCGGAGUAGCCGAGAUGUGCAGGCUGCUAGGCACAUAGUUGAUCCUGAAACAUUAAACAUAAAGUUUCCAACAGAGGGGUCAAAUGAUUCUUCCAUCUUGAUUGGGUUCUCUUCUAUAAGAUUAUCAUGA